AUGGCUCGCAAGAAGGUGGCCCUCCGGUACAUCCGCAAUGACUCGGCGCGGCAGGAUACCUUGAAGAAGCGCAGCAAGAACCUGAUGAAGAAGGCCGGUGAGGUGGGCACCUUGUGCAACGCCAAGGCGUGCGUGCUGGUGUAUGGCGAGGGCGCAACGGUGCCGGAGGUGUUCCCAUCCCAUGCUGAGGCGGUGGCUAUCUUGAAUAGGUUUAAGAGCAUGCCAGAGGUGGCGCGGCUAAAGAAGACGAUGGACCAGAAGAGUGUCCUUAGUCAGCGCGUCGCAAAGCUCCGAGACCAGGUCCAGAAGACUAGGUGCGAGCUCCAAGACCGUGAGACCAAGUUUCUCCUGCAUGAGGCCAUGGUCAGCGGCCGCCUCCCUGGAAACAUCGCGGAGCUCACAUUGAUGGCUUGGAAGUUGGAGUUAAUGUUGAAGAGCCUGGGCGAGCGCAUCGCAAAAAUGAGCGGGCAACCGCCAGUCUACCAAACGCAGGCACCAUACAUCACCGACAACAUGGACAUGGGGCCUCCAGCCAUGUACCGGGUGCCGCCGCACCAGCAGGAGGGUUGGCUUGAGACAGUGAGGUCCGAAGGGGACCAUGGCACCCAGAUCUACAAUGGCCACAGUACUGGUGGCCAUAAUGGCACCAACUUCGGCUUCAUUCCUAGUCAUAUGAAUAUGUAAGCAGGAAGACAAUCUCUACAUGUAGGGCAUGCCCAUCUACAUGUGCCUCAUCUCCUUUUAUUUAGUCUUG